UUAGCAUGUCCUUGCAGCUGCAGCAUGUGUGAACCAGUGGAGCUCACUGCGAAACAGAAUUCUCAGCACCAAAUUUACUUGCUAGCUUGCCAAAAACUGCAGGAAAACUUCUAGAAACCCGAAAAAGAUCAAACUGAAAAGUGUCUCACAACUGCCACAUUUGGAGAAAAACACUCAGAGUGCCAAUUAGCUAGAGAGGUUUUUCAACGAGCCAAAGGAAUAUGGCGCCGCAACAACAGAACUCCACAUUCAUCGAUGAUAAUCUGGACAGCUGUCCAUCGCUGUUGAAUCUACCAGAAAGCCCCAUUCUUCCGCCGCGGCGAUGUCAAAAUCAAGACACCAACAAUAAUAAUAAUAAUAAUAAGCAGGCUGCAUUCGAGGAGCGAUUGGUGGAUGAAUCGGUGGGGGAACCACCAUUAGCACCGCCAAAAGCACCAGCAGCACCACCAGCCCGGCAAGCAUGCAAAAAUAAACACGGCAGGGAAAACGGAAACGUUGGCCAGGCCAGUCGUCGCCACCGUUCCAUUUCCCUCUAUGGCGUUAAUAGCACUGUGGAGCAAGGCCACAAGGAAAUCCCCAUUUGGAUGGACGAUGGCGAAGCGCGUUACGUAUCGGGAGUGACGAACAAAACGACGUGCGAUGACAUAAUCAAGGCGCUGAUUGAUGACGAACUGAGGAACGGCGAUGGGAUUUACUGCGCAAACAAUCCGAAAGAUGGCGGCCAGAGGAAUACGGCGGCAGCAUCGCGUGACUACGGCGAUUACAUUAUAACGGAAAGUUGGGGCGGCAUAGAGCGGAGCUACGAUGGCAACAUGGCCAUUUUGCCCGUUUGGCGCGCUUGGAGCCGUGUACACAAUGAGCUUCGCAUAUCCUUAAAGCAUCGAGAUAACUUCAGAGAUCCCCAGGCCAUGCAACUAAUACCCCAUACACAACCGCCCACAAGUUUCUCGAUGAUCAAGUGGCUCAAAAAACUGUUGCAUCUUAAAAAGGGAAAGAAGAUAACGCCAAAACCGACAAAGACUCCUCCCAAAGUGCCUAACAAAUUGAAGGAGAAGAGUUUGCUUGGCCAAAAGCAAUCGAUUGCCAAUGAUUUGGUAUUGGUUAUAAUGCCAGACCAGCUUUAUAAGGGCACCGAAAAUGCUGCCAAAGCCAAGCUUUACAAACUGGCCGAGAAUCGGGUCUCAAAGCAGCGACGUCGAAGGCGAAGUCGUCAUGAGGUUACGAAGGCUUCAAUCGAAACAUUCAGGACAGCAAUCCCCAGCGAGUGCAACAACAAUAACUAUAAUAAUAACUGCAUAAGGAGGAGAAAGGAUAAACCCUUACGCAAUAGUGUUCGCAAUAAACUGGCAUCCCUACAUGCCGAUAUGAAUGUUCGCUAUGAGAAGGAAUAUGCGCUGACACGUCAGUUAUCCGAAAAGUGCCGACUGUACCGGUUGCAGAACGAACGGUACAAGGGACCGGAAAUGGAGCUAUCCGUUGGGCAGUUGCAGCAAAAUAUCGAAGCUCAUGCCGAGGACAUAAUUAAGACGGAACACGAACUUCUCGAACUAAAGAACGAGAUCAGGCACGACAUUUCACUGAUCAACAAUUUAAAACGUCUGACCUUGGAGGAAACGGAGGCAGAUACUGAAUGUAAAGGAGGCGUGGCUAAACAACCACAGUCCUCACAGGAAAUUGAAAAUACCCCUCAAGUUGCUAAAAACACGCAGGAAAUGCAGUUUGUUGAUAAUAUUUACGAGUUUUGCGAUAAUAAUGCCAGUAUGCUGGUAUAG